AUGGAGGUGAUCGACCUGACAAAUGACGACGACGACGACGAAAUACAAUCAGAAUUCGAGGAGGAGGAUGAGGAGGAAAAAGUGUCGAGUGUCGUUGAGCUAUGGGAGACGGACUAUGAUAGUGAUUGGUCCACCAGUGUAGACAUGGAGGAGGAAACGGAGGAGGGGUGCAUAUUGAAUGCGAACGGGCCAGUCAAGCAGCAAACAACCACUUUAAUGGAUGGAGAUAUAGUUAGACUGAACAACAACACAAAAUUAAGUGUCAUUGGCACUAUAGCCAAUACUGCUACAGGUGAAGGGAUAGUGAUAGACAGAGAGGGAUUGACUGCAUUGAUGCAGUCUUUCGGAUUGUUGCUCAGAAAGUGCGAAGAGGCAGCAAGACAAAGGGCCCACGAACCAGUGGUAGUUGAAGUGAGUGACGACGACGACGACGAUGACACCACCCCUAGAUUGCCGGGAUUGAGGCAUUUAAGAAGAGUCCUAAACCACUCCUCCUCUUCAUCUUCUGAGGAAAGUGAAGAUGAUGAUGAUGAUGAUGAGGGGAUAUCCACCUACCAAGGAGACUCUGGCUCCGAAAAUUCAAUUCCUUACGAGGAAGAAAACGCCCAAGAGUGGUCCUGCGACUGUGAGACAGAGUCCGAGAUGGACGCGUUAGAUAUGGAAAGUGAGUUUUUUCAAAAUGGAGAUCAGCCUGCUAACAUGACUGAAAAUUCAAUUCCUUACGAGGAAGAAAACGCCCAAGAGUGGUCCUGCGACUGUGAGACAGAGUCCGAGAUGGACGAGUUAGAUAUGGAAAGUGAUUUUUUUCAAAAUGGAGAUCAGCCUGCUAACAUGGCUGAAAAUGAAAUUAUUGAGAUUUCAGAUACAGAGUGGGGAAGUGACUUUCCUGAAAAUGUAAUUAUUGAGAUUUCAGAUAUAGACUGGGAGUCAGACAGUCAGGACGAUUCCAGCUGA